GCAACAUGGCGGCCCCCACGGCCCGGCCAGGACCCUCCGCUCCCAGCUGUGGCGCGACUCCUGCCCCGGCGUUGCUCAGCCCGCGACCCGCCUUCCUGUAACCUGGCGUCUCUUCUUUCGUUCCCCUCCCCAGCCGUUCCUUUUGCCCUCACGGACUCCACCUCCCCAGCCCCACGCCGGAUGGAGUGUGAGGUGGCUUGAGGGGGAACUGGUCUGCCUCGUCUUAGCCGCUAUUGAGUAUAAAAAAGGGCUCCUGCCUUUAUUGGAACCUUUGCUGCCAGACAUCACAAUUCUGAGUUAGAGUGAAGCAAAAAUCUAGGAUGAUGAGCACCAAGAUGGCCAUGAGUGAACCAAGAUUAAACUGGGAUGUUUCUCCUAAAAAUGGCCUUAAGACAUUUUUCUCCCGAGAAAAUUAUAAAGUUCAUUCCAUGGCUCUGAAUUUAAAAGAACUAUGUAUUUUAUCUAACAGACGUAUAGGAGAAAAUUUGAAUGCCUCAGCAAGUUCUGUAGAAAAUGAGCCGGCAGUUAGUUCAGCAACUCAAGCAAAGGAAAAAGUUAAAACCACAGUUGGAAUGGUUCUUCUUCCAAAACCAAGAGUUCCUUAUCCCCGUUUCUCUCGUUUCUCACAGAGAGAGCAGAGGAGUUAUGUGGAUUUGUUGGUUAAAUAUGCAAAGAUUUCUGCAAAUUCCAAAGCUGCUGAAAUAAAUAAAAAUGACUACUUGCAAUAUUUGGAUAUGAAAAAACAUGUGAAUGAAGAGGUUACUGAAUUCCUGAAGUUUUUGCAAAAUUCUGCCAAGAAAUGUGCACAGGAUUAUGACUUACUUUCUGAUGAUGCCCGUCUCUUCACGGAGCAAAUUUUAAGAGCUUGCGUUGAACAAGUGAAAAAGUAUCCAGAAUUUUAUAAUCUCCAUGAAGUCACCAGCUUAAUGGGGUUCUUCCCAUUCAGAAUAGAAAUGGGAUUAAAGUUAGAAAAAACUCUUCUUGCGUUGGGCAGUGUAAAAUAUGUGAAAACAGUAUUUCCUUCAAUGCCUGCAAAGUUACAGCUCUCAAAAGAUAACUUAUCUGCCAUCGAAACACCAGAACAAACAGCUGAAGCUAUGCAUUAUGAUAUUAGUAAAGAUCCAAAUGCAGAGAAGCUUGUUUCAAGAUAUCACCCUCAGAUAGCUAUAACUAGUCAAUCAUUAUUUACCUUAUUAAAUAAUCACGGACCAAGCUACAAGGAACAGUGGGAAAUUCCCGUGUGUAUUCAAGUAAUACCUGUUGCAGGUUCAAAACCAGUUAAAGUAAUUUAUAUCAAUUCACCACUUCCCCAAAAGAAAAUGACAAUGAGAGAGAGAAAUCAAAUCUAUCAUGAAGUUCCAUUAAAAUUCAUGAUGUCCAAGAACACAUCCGUUCCAGUCUCUGCCGUAUUUAUGGACAAACCCGAAGAGUAUUUAUCUGAAAUGGAUACAUCCUGUGAAGUAAAUGAGUGCCGAAAAAUUGAGACUCUUGAAAAUUUGGAUCUGAAUUUUGAUGGUGAUGUCACAGAACUUGAAACUUUCGGAGUAACCACCACAGAACGAUCAAAGUCACCAAGUCCAGUGAGUCCUACGUUACCCAGCGUGACAGAUGUGCCCACAGUCCCCAAAGCAGCAGCUACACCUGUGGCACCAACUGCACCAGACGCUUCUGCCUGUUCUAGAAGUUUAUCUCAGAUUCUGAUGAAACAAUUGCAGAAGGAAAAACAGCUGGUCACUGGUGUGGAUGGUGGCCCUGAUGAGUCCAGAGAUAAAGUUGAGCAGGGAUUUGUACCAUGUGGUGAAAAUUCUAACAAGUCUUUGAUGCAGCUUGGUGACUUGAAACCAUCUGGAGCCUUACAGUUAGAAAAUUCUAAGGAAGUGGACACCUCUAAUAAAAAUGCUAUGGCUGCAGGUAUGGUCUGUGCUGAUGACGGAGGACUGCAUGGUCGAGAGAACGGAGAUAAUUUAGGGGAAAAGACUGUUACAGCAGCAGCCGCUGGAAUGGAAGACGCACUUCUCUGCAGUAGUGAUACAGAUGAAGACUGUCUGGUCAUCGACACGGAGUGUAAAAAUAGUACUAAUGGAAAGACAGCAGUGGAGGGUUCUAAUUUCAGUGCUAGGCCAGCUAGCCCAAAUUCUUCCUCAGGACAGGUUUCUGCAGGAAACCCCAGUAAUACUGCUUGUACUCUAGAAGAGUCUUGUGUUUUAAAGAAACCCAUCAAAAGAGUGUAUAAAAAAUUUGAUCCAGUUGGAGAAAUUUUAAAAAUGCAGGAUGAGCUCUUAAAGCCAAUUUCCAGGAAAGCACCUGAAUUGCCCUUAAUGAAUGUAGAAAAUUCUCAACAGCUUUCUGUUUCUGAGCAACCCUCUCAACCCUCUGCUUCUUCAGAUGCUUCUAGUUGGCCAAAAUCCGGAUGGACUACUGCUUUCCAGAAACCAAAAGGACGAUUGCCAUAUGAACUUCAGGACUAUGUUGAAGAUACAUCGGAAUAUCUAACUCCUCAGGAAGGAAAUCUUGUUUAUAAGUUAUUUAGCCUACAAGACCUGUUGUUACUGGUGCGUUGCAGUGUCCAGAGGAUAGAGACCAGACCACGUUCUAAAAAACGGAAGAAAAUCAGAAGACAAUUUCCAGUCUACGUACUCCCCAAAGUGGAGUAUCAAGCUUGUUAUGGAGUUGAAGCUCUUACUGAAAGUGAACUUUGUUGCUUAUGGACUGAAAGUUUACUGCAUUCCAACUGCUCGUUUUAUGUGGGGCAUAUCGAUGCAUUUACUUCAAAGCUUUUUCUGCUAGAAGAAAUUACCUCCGAAGAAUUACAAGAAAAGCUUUCAGCACUCAAGAUUUCAAGUUUAUUUAACAUCCUCCAACACAUUCUAAAAAAAUUAAGUAGCUUGCAGGAGGGUUCCUACUUACUGUCUCAUGCAGCAGAAGAUGCUUCACUCCUGAUCUAUAAGUCUUCUGACGGAAAAGUUACCAGGACAGCGUAUAACUUGCAUAAAACACACAGCGGCCUUCCUGCUGUACCUUCCAGUCUCUCAGUGCCCUGGGUCCCAUUAGAUCCUGAUCUCUUACUACCGUAUCAUGUCUAUCAUGGAAGAAUUCCCUGUACUUUCCCUCCGAAAUCACUGGAUCCCACAACAUCACAAAAGGUUGGUGGAACAAGAAUGCCUACACGCAGCCGCAGGAAUCCAGUUUCCAUGGAAACCAAAACCAGUUGUUUGCCUGCUCAGCAAGUUGAAAAUGAAGGAGUGACUCCAAAUAAAAGAAAAAUAACUUGAGGACUCUGCCAUGGAAAACAAACCUUUGGAAAAACCAGUUAUAACAGUGCUUAAUUUAGAAAAGCUUGAAGGGAAAUACACCUAAAAGAUCAGUUGGCAAAAGGAACGUUUUUCCUUCUGUGUCCUCAAGAGUUCUUAGAGUGCCUUGAAAAAAUAUGUUGGCUGUGUUAAGGACCAUUUUAAUUAAAAUGGGAUGAUACAUUCCUACACCUGAAGUUUGAGGAAAAUCCAGUAAGUUUUAACAUUAUAAUAGCAGGGAAAUAUAUAAAGGAGAAAUAUUUUUACAGAUUUUUUUUCUAAAAAUCAUGAGGGAAAUAAUUUGCUUUUCAAAAACAUGUAUUAUGUUAAUUAUUCGAGUUACAUUGAUAGUCUGUCAAGACUGUCUGAGAGGUUAAAAUACUGUCACUGUCAGGAAUAAUUAUGACCAUUGUAAACUAUAUUUCUAACUCAUGUUGACAGUUUUUAUAUCCUACUCUAAAAUAAUUAUUAUAGGUUAAUAAUAAAAUGAAUAUCUUUAAAAGCUUGGUGAAAUUAUAUUGCAGAACCAAAAAUAAAAAUUAAAAACUCCUUGCCUCUGAAAAGCCACAGAUUGACAUUUUUUCAUUUGGCAACUAUCAGUUUGUUUAAAAAAAGAAAAUGUGCAUGUGGUGAACAGGUUUGGUAAUGAAUGCCUAUCUCUUGGCACAAAUUCCAGCUAAAUGUUGAAAUAUGCCAUGAGAGCAAAGAUGAAUGUCUUUUCCAAGAAAAAAAUACUACUGUUCCAACUGACGAGGUUUAUGCGGUAAAGUAUAAGCUAUUUUUUUUCCCUCGUUUGUACUGAUUACAUUUUUCAGGACCACAGCAAUAAAUUCAGAAAAGACGUAAUCAGCUGAUGUUGUAGCAAAUCUGGACUAAAAAGAAAUAGACUGGGUCAGCAGGUGGCAUAGUGGUUAAGGACCCAGACC